AAGGAAGGAUCGCGAGUGUCCAGUUGCUGUCGUCGUUAUCGCGGGCCGGGCUGCUUAUCUUAUCAAGGACCGGGACCGGAACUUUAGGUCAUCACUUCAGGUCGGGUCCCUUGACGGCAGAGUGGACCCUAACCCGCUAAAACUGGUGGGGUUUUGCGGAGACCUAGUGGCCCGUCUCCCGUCCCUGCAUUCCGCCGAGUCCGCAGCGCCCGACUGGGGCUUUGCCGGGAGCUCUCUUGCCGGGACAGGAAAUUUCCUUCUAGCCCCGUCUACCCCGUCGACGAAUCCAACAUCCAAGUCGAUAUCCAAUUAUUGACGUCUUCUACGCCAUCAUCGCGCCAAAGCGGACGUCUUCAUCAUGCAUUAUAUCCGAUUUUGUCGGCCACCUCUGGUUGAGCAGGGCAGGUCAGGGCACAAGACACUGAAACUUGUUCUCACCAUCACAACCGACCUGAGCGACAAAUUCCUGUGCCCUCAUGAGCCGAUACAGCUUUCCAUCAUCGGAGCCGGCGCUCCAGCAAAUCCACAGAAUGGUCCGGUGCCUAUCAACCUGACGCCAAAGAACCCUCCAACUUGGAGGGCCGGUAUGCGUGUCUUGAAGGUCGAUGUUCUACUCCCACCACAGCCAAUCGAGACGGUCCAAGUCAGGCCAACCAGCCGACAAUUGACGGCCCUCAUCACCGACGACAUCAGCUCUGGCACCGGAGACGGCUUGAUUCUCCCUGUUUUCGCAGAUCUCGCACCUGGCCCGAACGACCAUAUUUGCUUCCGGAGCUUGCGCUUGCCUGGUGGAACCGCGACGCUUCAGGUGGAAGAGGAAAUGGGUGAGAGCAUGGCCCGUCAUGUGUGGGAUGGCGGCCUCACCACCGCCUCUUUUGUUGCCAACAUGAUCCUUGGCCAAACGGCUCCCAACGCCGGUACCACUACCAAGGCGUCGUUGCCCAUGCUGGCAAACAUAUUGCAACAAAAUGAUGGACCUCUGAACAUCAUGGAGUUAGGCUGCGGUGUGGGCAUUUUAGGCCUUGGUGUCGCGCGCAUCCUUGGAGUAUCAUCGCACGCAACAGCAGAGAAAUCGACCCUCCUCAUGACCGAUCUCCCUGACGCAGAAGAACGGACGCUGGCCAACAUUGCCCGCUCGGCGGACCAGACAGCCUGCUCCGUAAUGUACGAAAACUUGGACUGGGAAGACGGAAAGGACGGCAUUUUUGGGCCUGAGGUGACGUCGCGGGCGUGGGACCUGGUGAUUCUAAGCGACUGCACGUAUAAUGACUUGCUGCCCCAGCUGGUCAAGACUCUUUCCGCUGUCCAUGAUCACUCUGCUAAGCAUUCCAGCCCUUCCAACACCAAGAUCUUGCUUUCCACAAAGCCAAGGCACUCUGACGAGAGGGAGUUCUUUGACCUUAUGUCGAAAGAUGGAUGGUCGAUACAGGAGGAAGUCAAGCUGCCGCUCCCUGUUCUGAAUGACGAGGCUCAGACCGUCGAGGUCUACUUGUUUUCAAAGAGCUAAAGACAUCGGCUGCUUGCUGUUUGGGCAAGAUGUCCAUCAGCAUUGUCUGACGGGCCCUUGCCAUAGCUUGUCCUUCAUUUCAUCAGUAGGCGGCCUUGUCAAAGACCAUCCGUAGCUCCCUAGCAAGCAUUUGUUCAAGCCGUGUUUGACCAGGGCGCAUAUGCUUGAAC